AAGCGGGGGACGCACCGCACACAGUCCGGCGAGUCGGAUCCGUAGAGACACGUAGAGAGACGCGGCGCGUAAGGGCUUUUAGACCGGAAUCGAAUCGCGGAGUUGGCCUCUCUCGUCUAUUCUUCGACACGCGCGACGCACGUAGGCAACCGCCAAGCCGUGAGCACGUACGCAACCGACCGCACGGGCAACACGACGGUGGCAUCCCUGUCCGCGCACUCUGUCCGGUGACCGAUCGUGAUUCGGCCGUGUCCGUCCGUCAUAUUCCCGGCCCGAGAAAGAGAGAGAGAGCAAGGUUGCUGGCACACGUAGUUGGUGGUGUUGCGACGCAGCGAGGAGGCGGAGGGGACGGUGCGCGCGUACGGAGCGAGGCGAGAACGAGCGAUUGGGAACUGACUGCCGGCCAUGGAGAAGCGGAUAGAGCUCGAGAAGCGGGGAAAGAAGCCCGGCGACAUCAAAGAACUUGUUCUUGAUAACUGUCGGAGUACGCACAUUGUGGGCCUGACAAAUGAAUUUAGCGCCCUGGAGUCCUUGAGUCUCAUCAACGUGGGUCUUACCAGUCUAAAAGGCUUCCCAGAGUUGUCCAGUCUUAAAAAGUUGGAGUUGAGCGACAAUCGGAUUUCGGGCGGUUUAAAUUUGCUUGAUUCGAGCCCCAAAUUAACUCAUCUGAAUCUAAGUGGAAACAAGAUCAAAGAUCUUGAUACGCUACAACCAUUGAAAGAGUUUAAGAAUCUGAAGAGCCUGGAUCUAUUCAACAAUGAAGUGACAAAUAUGGAUAAUUAUAGAGAGAAAGUCUUCAAUCUUAUUCCCAGUCUACGAUAUCUUGAUGGAUUUGAUGCCGAUGAUUGCGAAGUUGACAGUGAAGGGGAAGAUGAUGAAGUCAAUGGAAACGAAGAUGGGGAUGGGGAGGAUAACGAAGAAGACAGCGAAGAAGUUUCAGAUGAAGAAGAUGAUGAUUUCUUAGAUGACGAUCCAGGAUUAGAUAUGGUCUAUUCGGAAAAACUCGGGGAGGACAGUGAUGAGGAAGAUUACAUGGGAGAGGAAGAAGAGGAAGAUGAUGAUGAAGAUAAUGAAGAUGAAGAGCAGGAAGAAGAAGAAGAAGAGUCUCCUGUUCGAGGAAAGAAAAGAAAAAUUGAAGAUGGAGGAGAGAACUUAAACGAUUAAGAUGGGUGGGCAAGUCUCUGGUACUGUUGAAUGAGUGUAAAAUUCGUAUAAAUAAUAACAAUAAACGACGCCGAGUGAACAGCUGGGAAUCAAACUAAUCGACCGACCAAUGACAGACUACAGUUAGUGAUGUGAAUUUAUCAGUAAAUCAUUGACUGUGAGGAAAUUGUGUAACAACAAAAGAUUUACCAUAUGGUAGAAGCGGAUUGUGAAUGAGAAAUGUAAAGAAGAAGGGGAGAGAAAUAGAUAAUGAUGGCAUAAAAAUAGGGCUGCAUUCCAGCUGGACACAGCACAGUUUUAGUUAUACUAACGAUAUUUUAUAUAGAGUAUAUAGUUAGAGUAUUAGUGGUGUUGCAUAGAGUGAACGGAAGAUCGGGAUAUUAAAUGAUUUAAAGAGAGAAAAUAUGAGAGAAAGAGAGAGGGCGAGAGUGAGUGCGAGAGAGCGAGAAAGUGUGCGCGAGUGUAUGUGCGUGCGAGAGACAAAAAUAGAGAGCAGGAGGUAGCGGAGUUUUACACUUGAAGGAGCAUCUUGUCUGUUAGCUCCAGUCGGCCAAAGGCUGGUCACGCUGGAAUGCGGUCAUCUCGUUAAUCAGUACUAAGGUUACAUAAGUUACAUUUUAAAUACAUUAUUAUUGUACCGUGAAUAAGUAUAUAGAGUAAACGAGGAACAACUUUUGUACAGGUUUACACCAUACAUCGAGGUGCAUUAUAUGCCUCUGUGAUUUUUGGGACAGAAAAUAAAGAGAAAGAGAGAAAUAUAUGUUGCUCGUAUAUGUGAGCGUAUAUAUCCGCCGAAGGUGGGAUGGAGAAAUAUGUUAUAAAACAAGACUACCGCUGUAAUCGAUGGCGAAGAUACGCAUUUUUCGCGAAGAUGUUUUAAGCUACAGAUCCGUUACAGAUAUCGCGAGAUCCGGUAUCAACGGCGGAAAAGAGAUAGCAAAUAGAAAAUAAUAUCAUAAUAUUUAUUAUUGUUUUCAAUCGCGUGAUUCCGAUGAUAGGAGAGCGAGAGAGUUAGAUCGUUUAUAUAUCCAGAUAUAAAAUUCUCCGAUACACCUCGAUCGACGACGUGUCGAGCGUUGCGCAUGAACGCAAACACAUGUGUUAUUAUAACCUAACUUAGACUUUUUUCUAGUAAGCUUUAAGUUCCAGAUAUUCUCUAUACAAUGUCUGAUAUACAACGGCGAUCGCAUAGCGGCCCAUGGCUGUUAGGAUUAUUGUUAUUUACUCCCGGGCAUUGCGUAAAAGUUAUGCUCCUUUAAUAUAAAAGAAUCAAUUUGAUUAUUAUUAUGAGAUAUAUGAUAUAUUCUCCUACUUUUGAAGAUAAUUAUACAACUAUGUAAUUCGAUUUUUUUUUUUUUCUUUCUUUUUUUUCUUCCUUUUUUUUUUGUUAUGUAUAUAUAGGGCAUCACAUACAUACACACGCACAUAGAACUAUCGUAUUUUCUUUUAAUUAUGUGUAUUCUAUCAUGAAUAUAUUCUUUGUUCAUCUUAAGCAAAAGUUUUUUUUUAAUAGGAAUUUAAUAUUGAUUAAUUAUCGAAAUAUUUUUAAUAUUGAAGAUUGGAAAACUCGUGACGCAAGUACUAUAGACUUAUUAACUUAUCGCUUUAAGAAAAAGCGAAAUGUGAUUUAUUAAACCGAAAAGAGAUACGAUAAUUCUAGGACAUUUUGUGUAUGCCAAAGUAUAAUUAUGUUGAUUGAUAAUGUGAUUAAUUUUUCUGUAUACAUAACUAUGUGCAACAGGCCUCAGUCUUUGGAACGAAUUACUAAGGAAACAAAAGUCAACAUCGUGUGCGUCAAAUGAUUAACCUUUAAUUUCUGUCUCUGAAGUUACCAUUGCGCUGAUACAUUUCGUGAUGAAGUGUGAAGAUGAUAAUGAAAGGGGGGGGGGUUAAUGGAGAUU